AUUUGAAGAACGAUUAUGGUUUGGAUAUUAGCUACCGGGUGGCAUGGUUGGGUGUUGAGAAAGCUAGGGGCGAGGUGUACGGGGAUCACGCUACGUCCUUUGAUCAGCUGAGGUGGUAUAGCAAUUCUGUUAUGCAAAAAAACCCAAAUAGUUACAUUAAUCUUGAGUUUGACCCAAAAACCGGGAGCUUUGUUAGGUAUUUCAUAUCAUUUCGCGCUUGUAUAGAUGGGUUCAAACACUGCCGGCCUAUGCUUUUUUUGGAUGGAACGUUUUUGAAAGGUAGAUUUAAAGGUAAUUUGCUCGCAGCUACUGCUAAAGACGCCAAUCAAGGAUUGUUUCCGGUAGCCUUUGCUAUUGUUGAUUCCGAGAAUUCAGCUAAUUGGGAAUGGUUCCUUCAUAAUUUGAAAGAAGUUGUUGGGGGUGGGCGAACAUUGACUUUCAUAUCUGACCGCCAUGUCGGAUUAUUACACUCUAUGCCCAUUAUUUUCCCUUCAGCGCAUCAUGCAUAUUGUUUGUUGCAUCUGCAAAUGAACUUGCGGGAUCGAAUGAAAUAUGUUAAUGCAUCGCACAAAAUUGGGUUGAUGCGAAAGUUACGGGAAUGUGCAUAUGCGCCCACUGUUGCUUGUUUCAAUGAGAAAUUGGAGGUAUUGAAGAAGGCCAACCCAGCUGUGAUUGAAGAUUUUAUGAAAGACCUGCACCCCAAACACUGGUCUAAUGCGUAUUUUAGGUAAUUCACGGCCUGCACAA